AUGGUGGAAGCGCUAAGUGAAGAUUUGAAGAUUUUUAGCAUUAAGAAUCUUUUACAUGACUGGCCAACAUUUAUAAAAAAGUGGACUUAUUUUUCAAAUAAUUUACUGAGCCUACGUAGAAAUUCAGUGAAGGAUAACUACGGUAAAGACUUAUUGAAACAACUCGAUGUUGUACAACUCAGUGGAAAUGUUCCACGGACAAUAGCAUUCCUGUUCAAAGUUGUAUGGCAAACACUGACUCUGUUUUGGGCCAUAUUGGUGAAACGCAAAUCCAAUAUUGUUCUAUUUCAAAAUCCACCUGCGAUUCCAACACUCACUGUUUGCUGGUUUUACUGUGUGCUUGUCAAUGCAAAAUUUAUAAUAGACUGGCAUAAUUAUGCAUACUCAAUACUUGCCCUAGCUUUGGGUUCUAAUGCACCCCUGGUAAAACUCUCCUUAUUCUACGAGCACACUUUUGGCAGACUGGCUGAUUUUAAUCUAUGUGUUACCAAAGCAAUGAAAGAUGACCUGCAUAAUAAAUGGAAUAUCGAAGCAACGGCCCUGUAUGAUCGCCCAGGACCACAGUUUAAAACAAUUACAUUAUUUGAAAAACAUAAUUUACUUGAAAAAAUGAAUUUAAAUGAUUUUACUGAGCUAUCAGAAUCUGGAGAGGUGCAAUUAAAACCCGACCGACCUAGUCUACUUGUAUCCAGUACUAGCUGGACCCCAGAUGAAGAUUUUUCGAUUCUAUUGAAAGCUCUACAAAAAUACGAUGAAAGUAAUGAUAUCUACCCAAAACUAAUUUGUAUUAUCACCGGGCGAGGUCCAUUAAAGUGUCACUAUCAACAUAUGAUCUUAGAAUUGAAGUGGAAAAAAGUUUCAAUCAUUACACCUUGGCUUGAAAAUAAUGACUAUCCACUUAUUUUAGCGUGUGGUGAUCUUGGUGUAUGCUUACAUGUCUCCUCGAGCGGUUUGGACUUGCCUAUGAAAGUGAUUGAUAUGUACGGUGUUGGUUUACCUGUUUGUGCGUAUGAUUUCAAAUGCUUAAAUGAAUUGGUACGACACAAUGAAAAUGGUCUUGUAUUCUCCAAUGAAAAUCAACUUGCAUUGCACAUUAUGACGUGGUUUUAAAACUAUCCUAGAUUUUGCAAAGAAAUUGAUAAUUUUAGGGCGAUAGAUUGGCAUACAAACUGGAUGAUAAACGCGUAUCCAAUUUUUUCGAACAACGAUAAAUAA